AUUUCAGUUUACCAAAAACAGAAAGAAAGUAUGACCAUAUAAGAAAAGGUGUGUUUUUUUUCCCUGCAUUUUCCUAUUUUUAGCUUUCUUCAUGCCAAUACCGCCACCAAAAAUCUCUCUCCCUCUUCCUGAAAUCUCUAUUUCUUCGCAAAUUGACCGUACAAAAAUACAAAAAUUCUUUUACUUUCUCUGUUUUUUUUCUCCAUUUUUUUGGUCAGUACAACUCAGAAUGCAGCAUUUAAGUUUCAAAAAUUUGCAGAAAAUUUAAGGGAUUUUUUGUUUGAAGAUUCAGAUUUUGUGAUUUUAGGUUAAAGAUGUCUCACAGAAGAUUGCGGAGAAGUGGGAGCACUGAUUCAGAGUUGGAAGAGUUGAAGCAUAAAUACUAUAAAGAUUUAAGAGAUGGAAUAGUCAAAAUUAGACGUUCUGGGAAAAAGUAUUAUAAUUGUCCAUACUGUCAUUAUUCAAGUAAAGAGUAUGAUUCACAGGAGCUUCGAAGGCAUUCUUCCCGCAUAGGUAGAGAUUCAAAGAGUGCUAGUUUCAGAGACAAGGCUAAACAUUUAGGGUUGAUCAAGUACUUGGAUAGGUACAUGGAUGCAGACAAGAGCAUGUCUCAAUCAAGUCAGAGGAGAUAUUCCGAGCUAUCAGGGAAGAGUUCUCAAUAUGCUGAGAGAAAUCCGAUAGAUCCAUCUCAGAUCACUGAGAAAUCCGAAGGUGGAAGAAACUUUUAUAUGUCUGAUGAUAGGACCAUUGAAGCACUAGAUAGAAGACCUGUUGAUGGUGCUGAAUCCGAAAUUACUAAAGAUGAUCUGCGAACCCAACCUCUCCUAGCAUCUGGUAAGCCAUUUAUCAGCAAGGCCGACGAUGAUCCAAUAGUUUUUCCUUGGAUGGGAAUAGUAGCCAAUAUCCCAGUUGAAAUGAGUGGAGGUAAGUAUGUGGGUAAAAGUGGAUCAAAUCUAAAAAAGGAGUGGACUGAGAAAGGGUUUAAUCCAGUGAAGGUUCAUCCUUUGUGGAACUUCCGGGGUCACACCGGAUAUGCCAUAGUUGAAUUUAAAGGGGAUUGGUCGGGAUUCACUAAUGCUAUGGCGUUUGGAAGAGCAUUUGAAUUAGAUAAUCAUGGGAAGAGAGAUUGGAAUUCAGUGAGACGUCGAGAUGAUAAACUGUAUGCUUGGAUUGCACGUGAUGAAGAUUACAAAGCUGAGUCUAUCAUUGGUAAGUAUCUCCGCAAUAACGGAGAUCUAAAGUCAGUUUCUGGAAUACAAGAAGAGAACAAGAGGAAGGAGUCAAGUCUGCUAUGCAACUUGACCAAUGCGUUAGAGAUGAAGAACAAGCAAUGUGAAGAGAUGAAGAAGAAAAUAAGUAGAGCAGAACUUUUUAUGGAUAACGUGAUGAGUCAAAAGGAGGAGCUGAUCCAAAAUUACAAUGACGAGAUGGAGAUGAUGCGGCGUAAAGCAUUCGAUCAGCUUCAUGAUGUCGUACGUGAGCAUGAGAAAAGCAAAGCGCAACUUGAAGCUCAAAAACAACAAUUGAUGCUAAAAGAACAAGAAUUGAGAAGGCGCGAAGAACUUAAUGAGAGCGAGAAAAGAAAGCUUGACUGCCAGAAAGAGAUGAAUGAAAGGGCACUUUUGGAGCAGAAAAUUGCAGAUGAGAAAAUGUUGCAAUUGGCUGAAGAUCAUAAGAAAGUAAAGGAACAACUUCAUAAAAGAAUAAUUGAACUUGAAGCUAACCUUGAUCAGAAGCAAGCGCUACAGUUGCAGAUUGAGCGCUUGAGAGGUUCCGUGGAAGUGAUGAGACUCAUGAAUGAGGAAGGAGAUCUCGAAGCUAAGAAGAAAUUGGAGUUGAUUCAAAAAGAAAUCAAGGAGAGUGAAGAAGAACUUGACAGCUUGGAAACGCUGAAUCAGACUCUCAUUGUGACGGAAAGACGUACAAAUGACGAGCUGCAGGCAGCCCGUAAAGAACUAAUCAAUGGUUUAAGGGAGAGCCGUGCUUUUAUCUGUGUCAAGAGAAUGGGAGAACUCGAUCAGAAGCCAUUCCAUGUCGCUGCAAAAAAAAUGUAUAACUCUGGAGAAGCAGCAGUGAAAGCGGUGGAGCUAUGUUCCUUGUGGGAGGAUCACCUGAGGGAUCCAAACUGGCAUCCAUAUAAGGUUAUCCAAAAGGGUCAAACUGCCGUGGAAAUAAUUGAUGAAGAUGAUGAGAAACUGAAGGGACUAAAGGCCGAGUAUGGUGAUCAAGUGUAUGAAGCUGUGGUAACUGCCUUAAACGAGUUGAAUGAGCACAACCCGAGUGGCAGGUACCCAGUACCUCAGUUGUGGAAUAACAAGGAAAAAAGAACUGCAAGAGUGAAUGAAGGAGCUGAAUUCAUAGUGAAACAGUGGAAGCAGCAUAAGAAGAAAACUAGAUGAAGCAAUUGACUGAAGUUUAAGGUGAAAGUAGUAGGAGAGUUGAUUGUCAUUAGUUUUAUUAUACUGCCCUUCAUUUUGCUGUAAAUGCGGAUAGACAGUUUGUUCUAUCUGGCUGGAUUAUUGUCAUUAGAUACAUAGCAACAUCAAGUAUUGGGUAAAUUCUCAAACACGAAGAGGCAACAGCUAGAAAUACACAUACAGAUUAAGUUUACUGUGGAAAGCUUAUUUACAGAGGUGUAAUCUGUAAUUUUGCAGCAUGCUGCUCUGUCGUUCUCUUUAUCAAAAAAGCCUGUCCAUUUUAUCC